AUGAGGGUCUUGUCUUUUGUCUUUGGAGUCCUUUCCUUGAUGUUCACAGUUCCUCCAGCCGGAAGCUUCAUUUCUAAUGAUGAAUGUCCUUCAGAAUAUUAUCAUUGCAGACUGAAGUGCAAUGCUGAUGAACAUGCAAUUAGAUACUGUGCUGACUUCAGCAUCUGCUGCAAACUGAAGAUCAUUGAAAUUGACGGACAAAAGAAGUGGUGAAAAUGCUAACUCCAUCUUCUUCAGACUCCAGGAGCAAACACAUGUCUUAAACUCUCUUAUCUAUGAAUAAUUAACAUGAUGGAUGAAAAUUAUUAUA